AUGUCAGGAAAGGAGGUCGCAAGGAACUUUGUGAUUUCCGAAGGACACUUCAGCCGCAUAUUUGCCACUUGGGUAAAUUUCCUUGCACAUGCUCUCAGCGAGCUAACAACCCUUCCCACAGUACAAGACCUGCGGCCGUACCUUCCAAAGUCAUUCCGCGGGUUUGAAAACAGUAGGUUGCUCCUUGAUGGCACUGAGGUGCGUAUCCAAAAGCCGUCUUCACUGAAUGCUCAGAGGCAGACGUUCUCCACAUACAAACAUUAUAAUACGUAUAAAGUGGUCGUAGGAUGUACACCAGAUGGGUACAUUGCAUUUGUAUCUAAGCUGUGGGGUGGUUGUGUGUCCGAUAGUGUCAUCGUAGAAAGCAGUGGCAUCCUGAAUAGGCUGCAACCUGGAGAUGUCAUCAUGGUUGACAAAGGCUUCACAUUUUGUGCACUGCCCCCAGGUGUAGAUUUGUACAGACCACCAUUUCGCCAGACCAAUGAACCCCAGAUGAGCAGUAGCGAUGUAGCAGCAACACGGCGUGUGGCACGAGCAAGGGUGCACGUAGAAAGGGCUAUACGUAGGGUAAAAUCGUGUCACAUCCUUGACAAGCCCUUCCCCAUAUCAAUGAUUGAUAUUGCAGAACAAGUAUUUCAGGUUUGUUGUUAUCUGAGCAAUUUCCGGCUGCCUAUAGUUUGUGAUCCUCCAUGA